AUGGCAUCAGCUUUAUAUCGUCGUCGAAGGAAGCUUUGCGUAUCAUCAAAAGUUUACCGACAAGCAAAAAGCUCAUUUUUUGCAACAGAAACAGAAUCUCAUACUUGGGAUAAUCUGUCAUUUAGUUGUUCUGCUGCUGAUUUUUCAAUGUCAAAAAUGCAAUUUCAAUCACUGGAAUCAUUGUCUGAUGAUUCAUAUAUCAAUAGUCUGGAUGAAGCAAUCAGUUAUAAGGCAUCAAUUGUGCACAAGAAAUCAAUAAAGGAUGCGUCACCAAAAUCGGUCGCUAAUACAACUAUUUCAGAGCUUUCUGUUCACGCUAGUGACCGUUGA